CUUAUCUGGGUGGAAUUGUGUAAUAAGAAAGUAACUAAUUUAUAUAAAUAGGCUAUAUAAAUAAUAAUCAUAUUAUAUUUAAACACACACAGGCAGUUUAGGUCACGGUUAGGUGUGCUGUUUACGGCGAGCCGUCACGUGCAUAUGACGCCACUGAUAGAUCUGUAGGGAGAAACUGAAACUAUGCUGCAUUUACGCGAUUGCACUUUAUGAACUUCGUUCAACAUGGCACAGAUGUUUCAAAUUUUGGUUAUUGGUUUUAGAGGAGAAAAGAAAACUGUCGACGUUUCAACCUCCGAAGAUGAGUUUAACAAAACAACAAUAUUGGUAUUCAAAGAAAAGCUGAUGGUGAAGUUUCCGGAGCUUAAAGAUGCGCAGUUUAGAAUGAUGUUCACUGAUGUCCAGCUUGAGGACAGCGACACUUUCUCCUUUCGCAAGAUCCAGAAUAAAUCCACGAUCUUCCUGAUCGUCCGCAUGCCGGGAGGAGCCACAAUCACAGCGACAUGAAGCGCGGGAAGUCCGGGACAGCCGCAGCCCCGGACUGAACACACACGCAGAGACUUUUAAACAUGUCUUUCCUGUCUUUUUUGUUCGUUUGGAGCACUGUACAAAAUCAAUAUUAAGAUCAUGUUAAAUAAUUAAAAUUGCCUUUCUUGUUUCCUUA